AUCUGGAGCUCAUUUGAGGUCUAUGGUAUUGUGAUUCUGAGCUGAAUCCUGUGUCGUCUUGGAGAGUUCUCUGGUUUUACGUAAUCUGGAGCAUCAAUCAAAAUGGAACUCGGUUCCUCGGAUGAUACGAAGGCAACAUUUUCUUUGGCCGAUGAGGAUCACACUCUUGCAAAUUCUGUCAGAUUUGCUUUGAAUCAAGAUCCGAGGGUAACAUUCUGCGGGUAUAGUAUUCCUCAUCCUUCAGAAGCUCGGGUCAACAUAAGAGUGCAGACUACUGGUGAUCCAGCAAAGGAGGUAUUGAAAGAUGCACUCCAGGAUCUUAUGGGGAUGGCCCAACAUGUGAGGACCACUUUUGACAAGGCUGUUGUGGAUUUCAAAACAAGUGAGCCAGUUAAAGCCAUGAACAUAAAACCAUAAAGAAAACUACAAUUGCCUCUGCCUCAACUUAUUAUGUAAGUUCAAUACUAAAAGCAUAAAAGGAUUUGAAUUCAAAUUAUCUGUUCCAUGUGAUUUAAACCUUUUUAAUAUGCAGUUUAACAUAAUCCAAUUUGAUUAAUGCUGCU